AUGAAUUCCUCUGAAACUCUUGAAAUACUCAAGAGGCUUUACGAAUGUAAAGAUGGUGAAAAGAAUGAAUUAAAGGGAUUGUAUUUUGAAAACGAACAAAAUAAUGGUUUACCCCCGCACUGGGAGCGAAGGAUUGCGAAGGAUGAGUUGAUGAGUACCUACAGUGAUACCUUUGGCACUACUGGCAUGUAUUACACCGCACUAACACUUGCAGCAUUUCAUUCCAUGCCCUUCUACAGCGCAAAUUUCAGCAUGGCAGAACCGAUGAGUUGGGGGAAACAAUAUAUAUGUGACUUGUUUAAAGGUAAAAAGGAUUUAACACAGACUCACUACCCCGACAUGUUUUGCAAGGACGAUACGAUGACCCUGCGCUGUACCUCAGACCGUUUUGCCCUUGGUAUUUGCUCAACGGAUGCCAAGCGUAAUAAUUUACGUGGGAGAUACCAAUAUAUUAAGGACGAAUACAGACAGAAUGAUGCGAAUGACCUGAUGGAUGGUGUUCCAUUCAUCAGACCCUUGAACGGCACUGCCUGUGAGGGUGGUGAGGAGGAACUGAUGCCUGGUAACCUUGUGAGCAGUAUGUCACGGUGUCUGGAUUUGGAAACACCGAUAUUGAAGGACAAUAAAGAUGAUGUGAAAGUUCAAGCCGUUUGUGCGAAGGUGAAAUGUGAUAAUGAUAACAAGAAGGUGAGUGUACAGCUCAAAGGUCAUGAUAACAAGGAGCUGAACUGGUAUAAGUGCGAAAACGAUGGCGAAUCAAUCCCAUUGGAGGAUUCUUUGUUCAAUAAGGGAAGUGUUAAAUGUCCCAAUUUCAAAGAAGUCUGUACAGGGUUGCCGAAAACUGAACCCACCAAAAUUAAGUUUUACAAUGGCACAAAAAUUACUGAGAGCUACGUUGAUGUGAAAGAUGAUGAUGAAAAUGAAGAACCAGCACAGGCUCAGAACACCGUCCGCACGGCUGGAGCUUCAGCUGUUGCCAAUCAGGGAAGUAGCGCACCCGAUGCACGACCCUCUGCACAACCCGAGGGACAACAACAUCCAAACCCCCAGCAAGAAGUUCAGGAAGUCGAGAAAGAGAUUAAAUCCCAAACGCUUUCGUUGAAACACCCGGAAAGUGAAAAUGCUGAGCACACCGGUUCGUCUUCUGUGACUCCCGGGAGCAACACUGGAAGUGGUGGUAAUAACAAUGAUAACGGCAGCAAUGAAGAUCAGAAUAUGGGGCAAGCACGUGAAAGUGCAUCUACUCGUGUUGAUGUUCCAUCCGGCCAGAGUUUAAGUUCUCCUCCUGCUGCUGCUGGUUCCGCCACUAUUGAUCCUGCAAACACCGUUACACGUGAAAUCUCGCAACAGCCUGCAGAUCAACCAGCUCAAAACAAUGAUAAACAAAAUGAAAACGAAACACCAGCCGAAGCUCAAGACCACCAGCAAGUACCAAACCAAACAGAAAACAAAGUUCAAUCACCAACCAAGGCAAACGCACAAACGGAUGAUUCCACCGACGUCCAAAAUAAUACUCACGGAGAAGAGUCUACACAAAGAAAUCGCCAUGAUACUGCUACUACUUUUUCAUCGGCAGCUAAUUCCAAUGGCAUUGAAAGCACAAUACAGUCCCCACACACAGCAAAUAACGGUGUUUUGAAUGGGACAAACUUAACUGAGGACCAAAUAAAAGAAGAAACACUAAAACAUACAAAUGUAACGGGUAUGUUGGGUCCUGACAGCAGCAUCAUGGUUUCCUACAUGGCCCCUCUUGCACUUCUUGUGUGUGUUGUUGGUUUUAUGAUGGUUCCAUGA